CCACAGUUGAUACAUAGACUAACAGCAAUCCAGAUGAUUUUCUCUGCAAUUAUUACAACGUUGAGUACGUUUUUCUUAAAGGUUUAACAGACACCACCUCCCAACGUCGGACCGACUUAGUUUGUAAGACGCAUGACGCCUUGCGCGCUCUUCCGUUGAAAGCCCCGCCCCAGAAUCCCCUCACUUCCGCUCCCACCGUGCAGCGCUCCGAAUCAUGGACCAGAAUGACAAUGACUUACAGGGCACGGAUGGGCCAGGUAGCCUGGGGGGGCCUGACGUGCGCAGGCGGAUUCCCAUAAAGCUUCUCUCCAAACAAACCAUCAGAAACAAGCCAGCAGUUAGGGCCCAAAGGGCCAUGAACAGAAUACCUUCCAAAACGCAGGCUGGCGAUGAUGAAAGCUUUGGAUACAGUGAAGAAGAAAGGUAUGAAUGCAAAUCUGGAGACAUUUUUGGAAGUCAGAGAAGAUUUCCUCAACAAUUGUUUUGGGACUUCAAGGUUAAUUUGAUUGGAGAAAAAGAUGACACACCUGUUCAUUUCUGUGACAAAUGUGGACUGCCCAUAAAGAUAUAUGGUCGAAUGAUUCCCUGUAAGCAUGUUUUCUGUUAUGAAUGUGCGGUUAUUCAUGAGAAGAAAUGUGACAAAAUGUGCCCUGGCUGCAAUGACCCCGUCCAGCGCAUCGAGCAGUGUCUGAGGGGCUCUCUCUUCAUGUGCAGCAUAGUGCAGGGCUGCAAGCGGACGUACCUGUCUCAGAGGGACCUGCAGGCCCACAUCAACCACCGCCACAUGAGGGCGGGCAAACCGGUGGCGGGCCGGCCUCAAGGAGACAGCCUUCACCUGCCGCCCCUGGCCGGGCCUCCCCCCUCGGAGCUGCCCGAGCGCUUCCUGCUGCCGCCGGACAAGCACCACCUCCCGCACCUCCCCAAGCCCCACGUCCUGAUCCCGCCGCCGCCCCUGCAGCACGUGAGCCAUGAGCACUACAGCCAGCCUCACGAGGACCUGCGGGCGGCCCCGCCCCCUCCCUCCUCCUCGGACUUGGCCGCGCUGGGCCCCCCCCGCUCCGUGGCCCAGGAGACCUUCCGCAUCUCCACCGUCACCACCCGCAAGCACAGCAACCUGAUCACCGUGCCCAUCCAGGAUGACGCGGCCACCUCGGGGGGCGGCCCCAACCGCGAGCCCCCCCCUCCGGGCCCCGCGCCCCCCCCGCACCACCACCCCAACGAGUAUAGCGCCCAGCCCGUAGUCUCUCACCCUCACCACAUGAUGGCGCCGCAGCAGCACUACGGGCCGCCGCCCCCUCCCCCUCCGCCCAUCAGCCACCCCAUGCAGCACCCACCCCAGGCCUCGGGGACUCCGCACAUGGUCUACAACCAAGCGCCGCCUCCCCCCAUGUCGUCUGCCCCUCCGCCCAUCACCCCUCCCCCAGGACACAUCAUUAACCAGAUGCCCCCCUACAUGAACCACCCUCCUCCGGGUCCUCCUCCCCCCCCUCAGCACGGUGGCCCUCCUGUCAGUGGGCCCCCGCCCCACCAUUACAACCCCGGCUCCCUGCAGCAGUUCUCCGAAGACCAAGGAACUCUUAGCCCUCCUUUCACCCAGCCGGGGGGGAUGAGUCCAGGUAUGUGGCCAGCACCCAGGGGACCUCCUCCACCCAGGAUGCAGGGCCCCCCACCUCAGGGUCAAAUACCUGGACCCCUCCACCCAGAUCAGUCGCGAUAUCGGCCAUACUACCAGUAGGACCCGGGCGAUGAGUUCCUAGGAUAACUGUAUGUGUGGCUGUAUCGUCCCCGCCCCCCCCCUCCCCGAUAAUGCCGAGUUCAUUGAACAGCGUUCAAGAAUUUUUUUUUAAGGAUUGUUUUUUUUAGGGGUUUGCCUUUUAAUUUCAUCAUCUGUAAGAAAUCAUGGGCAUAAUAAACACUUAUGUGUAACCCUAAUGGAAAAAGAUCAAAUUAAAACAUUGUUUUAGUAAAGACUUCCCAGUACAGAAGUUUAGCUAGGGUUCAACAUUGAUAUUACUCCUAGAUAAACUGUAUAUAUGUGUACAAAUGAAAAGAUUUUGUAACAUUUGAUGUUAUUUGAUUCUAUUACAUGUUUUUGGGAUUUAAGUACAUCUGGGACUGUUACCAAGCAUCAGUUUAAGUUCAUUGCGCACUGAGUUUUCGAUUCAUGUAACUUUUGUAACAAGGGCGUCGUUUCACAUUUUCAUUAUGACAUGUGAUGACAUUAGCCAAAAGACGUUUUGGAUCACUCAAAUAAGAUCUAGAGUAAUUGUAAAUGGAAAUGAAUCUGAAAACGCAUUUUAAAUUUCAUUACCUAUGAUGGGUGUGUUGGGGACAGGUUUUGUUUGAUGGCAGGCUAGAUGGUACAUUUUAAUUAGAGUGGUAAUUAUUCUUAGUUAUUUUUGCUGUUGUUUGUUAUUUAACAGUUUUAACCCAAAUAAUUGCAUUACCUUUUUAAUUUCCCAUUGUAAUACAAAUGGUAUCGUGGAGAACAGCAGUAUGCACUAGAGGGCACUAGCAUCACCAGGCUAAAUGCACUGCAUUAGAUGGCAUGUAGUGUAUUCUUGUGGCAUACAAUUGCUAGCACACAUGCUAACAAGAGUGCACUCUGGUGUGUACUGUGUGUGUCACAGUUCGCCAUGAUUCCAUGUGUGUGUGUGUACCUGAUUUCACUGCUCCUUGGUGCACAGUUGUCAUUAUACAGUUGUUUGAAUAAGCCAGCUAACUUUGUAAAUGCCUUGUAAAUUACACCGGAUGCGAAUGAAUUUGUAAUCUUAUUGAUUAUAUUAAAGAGGUUCAUCUAGAAUCUGGCCCGGAGGCAGUUUAUGGAAAUUAAGUAGUUUCAAGAUGUGGUGUAAGAGGCAGUGCUGUAUGCAGAAAUGUACAUGUGUGGAACAGACCUGAUUGAUUUUGAUUGAAUGCAGUAAUCCAAAUGACCACUUGAAGUUCUUCAAUCAGUAACUCCAGCAAGCUGGACUGGCCCAAUGGACUCUUCUUGGUUUUUAGCUCCCUUGUGUAAAUAUGAAUCUCUUCAGGUAACAUACAGAGCAAGUGCAGUACUAAAGAAAUACAAGCACUGCCAAGUUCUGUUUUAAAAACUUGGAAGAUCAAAUGCCAAAUCCUUGAACUUGCGUGCAUUAUGGGAAGUUGGGGAAAAUAUUAAUUAAGGAAUGAAUAAAAUAUGGUGUACAAUGGAUUCUUUGCAGUGACAUAAAUGGUAACAGCUUGCUAAUUUGCAGAGUUAAAAAGCAGAGCGGUGCAGUAGGUUUUUAGAUGACAACAGUGCUGUGAUUUGUCAAGAAAAAGUGUUUGAAUUUAUUCUGACCAAAAAUAAAUAUAUUUUUGUUUUUUAGGCAUUUAUAACUCCUAGCUGCACCAUUUCUUUGUCAUAUUAGACAUUUUUAAACGGCUAAUGGAAAAGCUAUAGAGUGAUUGUUAUUAGCAGACAUUUUUUUCCCCCCAAAGUGAAAGAAAUCCUUAUUAAAAGUUUUGUGAUUUUUAUGUUCUUGUGGGAAAGUCAGAGUUCUGGCAGUGUUGGCAAGACUUUAACGAGGAGUUCACUUUGAACAAGGGCAGCGAGAGUGUAAUGCUUUUGCAGAUGUGGGACGCCAACAUAAGCAGUUCUGCUGCGCAAGGCCAACUAGAAACAUUAAAAGCUAAAUGUUGCUAAAUAUGUUCUGUGUUGAAUUACUUUGACACCGUUUUUGUUUCUGUGUCGUUGACUUUUCACUCAAUCCUCCGUUCACAUUGCCUCUUCACUUGUACCCAGUCAGCUGUCUCACUGGUGACGUGAUUUAGUGUGUUAAGUAGCAAAGACACCGAGCUGUAUCUGUCUUGAAUGAUCAAUCCAAAUGAUCCCAAAAACAUUCAAUAUCCAAAGUCUUUAUGCUUUUUUCUUAAGAGCAUUUUUCAGUAGUGACAGGAAGUAUUCAUGAGUUGUCUAAUAUAUACUUCUAUGUACAAAGUAAAUACUGCCCUACCUUAGAUAGAUGUUAUUUGAUUUAACAUUUUUAUUUCGUUGCGUAUCAUUCAUGUGUGAACAGAGCCAUAAAUGGUUACACGGGUCAAAUAUUUGUGCUUGAAAUAUUAUGAAAUGUUUUCAUGAAAAAAGGUUAAGUAAUAAACCUUCACGUAUGUGAAGCACUGCAUUCACACUGAUAACUAUGGGGGAAAUUGCUUUAAGAUUUCUUAAUUAAAUGAGGAAGACAGAACGGUUUAUUGGAGUAUUUAAUAGAGGUAUGUUCAAGAGGGAUGACUGCGACUGAUAAUGUCUUCCUCAUCACUUCUAAUUGUAAUACUCCGUGACAUCUCUGCCUAAUAAAAUAAUGAAUAGCACAGUAUAGCACUGCCUCUCUUGCUCUCAUCCCACCUCCAGCUUUGCAACUACCCUUUGGCUAAUUUCUGUUCCUGUAGGGGGACCUCACGUACUCGUCUUACUGCCAGGUGCUUGUCUGUCAGCCAAACAUGAUGAGCCAAAGUUUCUUAACUCCAACUCCUCAAUAAACACUCCUUAACACGUAAUAUGGGGUGACAUUCCUUGUAAAAUCUACCCGAGUAAAGCAAUUAAAAAUAUUUGCAGAUGAA